GUAGGAAGUGCAAUUGCAAAAGCAAAGAGCAAGCAUCCCCGGCUUACUCCGUAACCGAGUUUUUUGGUGGGGGUAAAAACUACCUUACCAGGCAAGUCAUUCCAUUGAUAGGGGGCAACUAUGCACUCGUUCUUGACAGGGAUGCGAGAAUAAGAAAUGCCCCGAGCCCGGUGAAAUGGAAACGUCCAAAGUUCGGCAGGAACCGACUGCUCCUCGUCUUUCGUUCCUUUUCGUUCAUGCCGACGAGUCACUCUCAGACGGCCUGCAUCGACAAUGGCUUCUACGGACCCAACGGUCGAGGUCGGCGUCAUGCCGCCACCACCAGGUGUGACCCCCGACUUCCACCACACAACGCCCACCCAGAUCAGCUUCAUUGCCGUAUUUGCUGUGACCUUUGCGCUGGCGACGAUAGCCCUUUUAUUGAGGGUGUACACUCGGGCCUUUGUCGUGAAAUCCUUGGGACUCGACGAACCACUGCUUAUCAGCGCAUGGGCUGUGACUUUGGUCUUCUUCAUUGAAUCGCUUAAAGCCAUGCCAGCCGGGUUUGGCAGACAUCUGUACGAAGUCACAGCAACACAACUAACCGGAUACCUCCAGCUCCUCCUCGUGCUAGCAUUAACCUACAUCUGGCCACCAACCCUGACAAAGCUGUCCAUUCUCGUUCUCUACUGGCGCAUCAGCCCAAACAAGAUCUUCCGCGUCUGCAUCGCUGUUACCGCCGUGGUACUCAUUGGCUACACCGUCACCUUCACCGUCUUGUUCUCUGGACCCUGCAACCCGCUCCUGGGCACUCCUGAGAGCGCCGUCUGCCUGAACAACAUCGCCGUCGCCCAGGCCGUCCUCAACAUCACCACCGAUGGCGUCAUCAUAUUCCUCCCGAUCCCCACCAUCCACAGCCUACACAUGCCCCUGAAGCAGCGGAUCACCGUGGGCGGGAUUCUGGCGCUUGGCUCAGCUGCCUGCAUCGCCUCCAUCGUCCGCGUCGCCUACGUCCGCGCCAUGGUCAACAACCCCGACGUGACCUUCACGCAGUGCUCCGCCGCCGUCUGGUCCCUGCUCGAAAUGAACCUUGGCAUCCUGUGCAACUCGCUCGCCGCGCUCAAGCCUUUCGUCAGGCGGCACCUGCCCUCGCUCUUCUCAAAGACGGGCUCCGGCGCCGGCGGCGACAGGACCGACGACUCGUAUGCCAAGCGCAGCAAGAGCAGCCGGAAGUGGGGGCAUAGCUAUCAGCUGCACAGUGUGGGGAAUGGGAAGACAGAGCACGGGGCGGUCAAGGACGAUAUUGUCAGUGUGAAUCAGUUCCCUGUCGAGUAUGAUAGUCGGACGAAGGGGACGAUCAUGCCGGGGAAGGGGGAUAGCACGGAUACUAUUCUGGCGCCGGGGUAUCCGGCGCACUAGUCGGUAUGAGCGGCGUUGUUUGCGAUGUUGGCCGGGGUUGGCGCCCGGUUUCCUGUUAAUCUCCGAUGGUAGACGUUAAAGAGGUCCCGCCAAG